AUGAUUACUGAGCAGUGGACAUUGGGUACUAAAAAUGCUGUAGGAAUCAAUAUGGCUUCCAAAGUGAGGUCACGACUCAAAUUUUUGUCUCCUCAUGUUGAUGAGAAAGUAUUUAAAAGUCUGCAAAAGCGUAUAUCACCACGGAAAACAUCCAAGGCACUAGAAUCUGUGAAAGGUGGGUCUCGCGAGAGGGUUGAGGAUGCUUUUAAAGGCCUCAAAUGGUGUCGUUUCUGUUCAGAAGAUAUUGUUGUACAUUGUAAACUUGCUUGUAGGUUAUCAACAAGCUUAUGCAGCAAGGUCGAUGUACUACUGUUUUUUAAAGAGCAGACUAUUUCGUAAGCUGCAGUAAAGGGUGCUCUCCACGAAAAUCCCAUGUCGAAUUCUUAAAAAAACUUUAAUGCCUUUUCCUGUCUUUAUAUGCAAAUCAGUUUAACUGGACAGAACAGAACGUUUUAUUGACUCAGUAUUAAUGUAUUAAAUUAGAUUUUAAUAAUUGAUUUAAACAAUAUCAGAUGGUGACAUUCCAUUUUUGGCACCUAUUCCAAUAGGAUGGUCCCUUACAUUUACUAUGAGGAUGCAACUGAGGGUUUUUGAGGCACAACCUGUAACAAUGAAUUAGUGACGAGAAUUGUGUCUCCUGUUUUCAGAAAAAAAAAUUAUAAAAUGGGUACCUUAUUCCACAGAAAGGAGUUAUUCCAAAAGCACUUCAAAACAAAUGCAAAUUAAAAGAUUAUGGCUUUUUUAUUUAUUUACAUAGAAGGAGAUGAGACCAUUGCAGUAUCUCAGCAAGAGGUCAGUGUUGAUGGGCAGCCUUUAUCAGCACAAAACAAAGAGAAACUUGUUCAAAAGAAGAAACCAAAGGUACAGUCAAUCCUGUGCUAGAUUGUUUCAAUAGAAAAUCAGUUUGUUUGAGAGAUAAACAGGAACAAACAAAUUUUUCUUUUAACAGGGUGACAAACAAAAUAUACAUAUAUAAGAAAGUGCCAUCUUCAUGUAUUUCCAAGAAUUAAUAUUAUUAGCCUCAGACAUGCAGGUGGGAAUUGAACUAAGAACUAUGUAGAACAAGUAGUAGAGUGGAGGAUUUGAAAGUGGAAUUUGUGUACAUCAAACCAGCACUCUAAACCUCCCAGCCACACUGCCUCCUUUUAGGUGAACACAAUUUCAAUUACUUUGUGAAUUGUACUUUUUUCAGAUAAGAGUGAAUAUUAACGAGUGGUACCGUAAGAACACUUCAUUGCUAGACGUUGAGUCAAUCUACCAGACACGCCCAAAUGCUAAAACAGCCUUGGUGGGCACACAACCUGAACCCCGCUUUAUUUGGAAAGAAAAGGACUGGCCCAAUGGGUUCCCUGAUUCUCCAGAAGAGGCCAGCACAGAUGUGGUGACUUUCUUAGAGCAGAGAGACUGCUAUCGUCGACUGCAGGCACUUGGUGUCAAAAACUUUUGUGUUGGUAGUAUUGUAGCUGUGACUAGGUCAGAUCCUCUCAUUGCAAAAGGAAAAGUCAGGUGAGUGUUUGUUUCUUUAUGAGCACAAAAAAUGUUAAAACAAAAACAACAUUGCAAUAAGCUAACAAAACCAAAACCUUAGGUAAAAAGCUGUCACCGAGGAUGAAUGAAGUUGUGCAGAAGGAAAAAUACAAAUAAUAUUUUUAAGACUUCAGCAGCAUUUGAUCAGUGGGUAGUAUCAAUUUUUAUCACAUGGCUUGGUGGUCUUGAGGUAAAUUGGAAUGUUUUGAUUGGUUGUUACUAAAUCAAUAUUUUUUCCAUACUGGUCAUAAGCUGUGUAUUUUUGUUCACGAAGGCCAGUAAAUUCAAAAUAAACAAGUUGAGUCCAAGUGCCAUAUAAUAAACUACUCACUAACCUCUCUUGCUCCAGCCAUACUGGGGAAUAUUGGCCCUUUGUUGUUUUUUUUGGACAGACCUUACUGUGCUCAGGCCCUACAAAAACAUCCGCAGGCCAAUGUUCCUUAGUACCACCCUCACACUCAGUUAGUGAGAAGUUGAUCAUUCUGUUGGUCAAUAAUCAUGGUUCAAAAAAAGAGGCUAGUGUUCUUGGGACUGCAAAUAUUCUGCAAAGUUUUGAUACUUGUACCUUCAUGAUGGGUGGCUCUUUACCAGAAAGAAAGCAAUUAGAUGAAAUUGUUAGUCAGAAUAGAUAUCCAUUAUUAAUUAGAACUAACUAGGAAGAAUUCUUAAGGUCAAAGUUAAAUUUUGAUGCAACAUUAUUUGACAAAUUAAUGAAUGAAUUGUAGGGUUUUUUUUCUUACAAAGUUUUUUUCUCUCGUUUCCUUCAGGCUUGUGGGUAUCUGUAUUUACAAAAGUCGUUGGCAAAAUUCCUUAGGCGCCACCUUUACUUUACGCAACGUAAUAGACGGUGAACCAAUGGAGGUGAACUUUCAGUUGUUCUCGCCACUUAUUCAAAGCAUCGAGGUCCUUAAGCACGAGACAAGAGGGGAGGAUGCCCUGUGGUACCUAAGGGACUACCCUCCCUCUAUGAGCACGGUGAAUGAGAAAAUGAAGCCACUGCCGUACACGAAAGAACCCUUGGAGUAUGUUGAAACUGAAGAGACUAAGCGGGAAGUUGAGAAGUGGUUCGAGCAAAUCUGGAGAAAGAAAAAGAAGUAUUAA